AUGGUGUUCUGUGGACUCUUGUCUCCUCUCAUGAAUUGCAUCAAACCAAACACUUCCCCGGUCUUGACCCAUAUGCGGUCCAAAUACUCAUCAGACCUCAAAUACUACACAUCCGCUUGUCAACAAGACUCUGACCUUAAGACCUUUGAUUCUUCCCUUCACCAGCGAACAGUGAGUGUCAUGAAGUCGCUCGCUGAACAGGGGGACAAGUCUGGUGAAUCACCAUCCAAAGUCUCACUCAUGGAGGUGUACGGGUUUCUACUUGACCUAAACGGAGAUGUAGUAAGGAGAAUCAUCGAUAGCAAAGAAGAUGUCAGUACGAACAAAGAACUGAGUUCUUUGGUUGAUGUCUACUUCAAAAUCACUUCCAAGACCCUAGAUUUCUGCAAAACCGUCGAUAACUGUGUCAAGAGAGCAGAGAUUAGCCAGCUUAUCAUCCGAUACGCGGUGAAGAAUUUCGAAGCAGAAUCGGUGGACACGGAUGAUCUUGAACAAAAUAUAAAGAAGAAGAAGAAGUACGCAAAAACAUUGGAUGAGCUGAAUAAGUUUAAAGCCAUGGGAGACCCUUUUGAUGGAGAGUUCUUGACUCAGUACGAAUCGUCCUUCUACGAGCAGCAGGCUCUGCUUCUGGAGGAAUUGGGCAAGCUGAAAGCAAACCUCGGUAAGAAACAGAGGAAUGUAAAGACAUGGAUGAGAAUUUCCAACAUUCUUUUCAUAACUGCGUAUGUCUCCAUUUUUAUCUUGUCGGUGGUUGCUGCGGUAAUGAGCUUCCCACCAGUAGUGUCUCCGAUUAUCACUGGAUUGACCAAACCGAUCGAGUAUGUCGAAGAAUGGUGUAAGAAGAUGUGGAAAAAGUACGAAAAGGCUGUCAAGACAAAGAGAGAAUUGGUUUCAACGGUGGAGACUGGAGCGAGAGUUAAUAAAUCAGCUACGGAUAACAUACGAGACAAAGUUGAUAUAUUGAGAAAAAGGAUCUCGGAUAUACUGGAGAGUGUUGAGUUUGCUGUGGAAACAGAAGAAGAUGAGUUGGCGACGAAACUUGCGAUGCAAGAAAUAGAGAAGACAGUGGAUGGGCUCACGGAUAAAAUCAAGGAAGUUGGUCAAGGUGCGGCUAGGUUUAGCAGUUCCAUUGGCUUGGGGGAAAUUCUGUGCCGGCUUUUGGAGAGUGUCCAAGAUGCACAUGCAUAG